GCGCUGCAGUCGCUGCGUCACGCGACACGUCACCGGGCUGCCCGAGCCCGGGCCGGCCGGAGAGGGGGGAGGCAGACGGAGCGCUUUCUGCUGGAGGGGACGGCACGACCACCAUCACCCAGCGCCGGCACCUUCUGUCCGCAGCGAACCAGGCCUGAAACUAUUGAUUUCCGGGGUAGUGUUGACACAGAAGACCCAACAUAAAUAUGGUGUUCAGAGGCACAAUAGCAGAUGCUCCAGACUUUGAUCCCAGCGCUGAUGCUGAGGCCCUCUACAAUGCUAUGAAAGGCAUUGGUAGCGACAAAGAAGCUAUCUUGGACCUGGUGACCUCUCGAAGCAAUGCACAAAGGCAAGAAAUCAUCGCUGCUUACAAAAGCAGUUUUGGGAAGGACCUGAUAGAGGAUCUGAAAUAUGAGCUCACAGGCAAAUUUGAGCGCCUUAUUGUCAGUCUGAUGAGAACCCGGGCCUACCAUGAUGCCAAGGAAAUCCAUGAUGCAAUCAAAGGAACCGGAACAAACGAGAGAUGCCUGAUUGAAGUCCUGGCCUCUAGAAACAACCAACAGAUUCACGAUAUGGUUGAAGCUUACAAGGAUGCUUAUGGCAGUGACAUGGAGGAGGAUGUUAUCGCAGAUACUUCCGGUCACUUCAAGAAGAUGCUGGUUGUUCUGCUUCAGGGGACCAGAGAUGAGUCAGGGGUGGUGGAUGCUGACCUGGUGGAGCAGGAUGCACAAGACCUGUAUGAAGCUGGGGAGGCGCAGUGGGGGACCGACGAGGCCAAAUUUAUCAUGAUUCUGGGAAACCGCAGUAUGACCCACCUCCGCAUGGUAUUUGACCAGUAUGAGAAGGUGAACGAGACGUCAAUCGAGGACAGCAUUAAGAAUGAGUUAUCUGGGGACUUUGAGAGGUUGAUGCUGGCUGUUGUUCAGUGUAUAAGGAGCGUCCCUAUGUUCUUUGCCAAGCGUCUUUACAAGUCAAUGAAGGGCCUGGGUACAGCUGACAACACUUUGAUUCGGAUCAUGAUUUCCCGCUCCGAAAUCGACAUGUUGGACAUUCGGGAGUGUUUCCGUCUCAGAUACGAGAAGUCCCUUUACAACAUGAUAAAGGAUGACACAUCAGGAGAUUACAAGAGGACCCUGCUUAGCCUGUGUGGAGGGGAUGAUGACUUAGCCGGAGAGUUCUUCCCCGAAGCUGCUCAGAUAGCCUACAAGAUGUGGGAAUUAAGUUCCAUGACCAAAGUGCAGCUAAGGCCUACAGUCCGCCCUGCAUCCAAUUUUGACCCUGCCACUGAUGCACAAGCGCUGAGGAAAGCUAUGAAGGGAUUCGGAACAGACGAAGAUGCAAUCAUUGACAUCGUUGCCCACAGAUCCAACAGCCAGAGGCAAGAGAUCAGGCAGUCCUUCAAGUCCCUGCUGGGGAGGGACCUGAUGAAGGAUCUGAAGUCUGAACUGUCAAAGAACUUAGAGAGGCUGGUCAUUGCCCUCAUGUUGACUCCUGCUGAGUUUGAUGCCAAAAUGAUGAGAAAGGCAAUGGAGGGGGCUGGGACGGAUGAACAUGCUCUGAUCGAGAUCCUUGUGACCAGGAGCAAUGAAGAAAUACAAGCCAUGAACGCUGCCUAUCAGGAUGCGUAUAAGAAGUCCCUGGAAGAAGCCAUCCAGUCAGACACGUCGGGCCACUUCUGUCGCAUCCUUGUUUCUCUUGUGCAGGGCGCAAGAGAGGAAGGCCCUGCAGACGUGGAAAGAGCCAAUGCUGAUGCACAGGAACUUGCUGACGCUUGCAACGCCGAGUCUGACGAGAUGGAGAUGAAAUUCAUGAGCAUCCUUUGCACCAGGAGCUUCCCCCAUCUCAGGAGAGUGUUCCAAGAGUUUGUGAGAUUCACCAACAAAGACAUUGAGCAGAUUAUCAAGAAGGAAAUGUCUGGAGAUGUGAAAAACGCCUUUUACGCCAUAGUUUGCAGUGUGAAGAACCAGCCAUCUUACUUUGCAGAGCGUUUGUACAAAGCGAUGAAGGGUCUUGGUACAGACGACAGGGCGCUCAUCCGCAUCAUGGUGUCCCGCAGCGAGGUCGACCUGUUCAACAUUCGUAAAGAGUUCAAGGACGCUCAAGAUGCCUCCCUCCAUGAAUUCAUCCAGGUAGAAACCAUGAUCGGUGAUACUUCAGGAGAUUACCGUAAAACCCUGCUGAUUCUCUGCGGAGGAGAAGAUUAAACCUGUCACGCCUCUUGAGCUUUGUUCACAGUAUUUGGCGACUAUAAGACGAGCCUGUUCGCGCAGUAAAACAGUGGUGCUCAAGGAAAGUUUGUGUUGCCAGUGUCCCUUGUUGCUGCAACUCUCCAGCCAAACCUAAUGACCCACUGUAUGGUGACCUCUCACCCUGUCAGCAAGCCAGUUUUAUUCUCUCACACCUACUCACUUUCUCCAAUAAGCUGAUAUCUGUCUUUUUUUCACGGUGUCAAAAGACGUGUAUAGCUCGGUGGGUACUGGAGGAGUUCCCUCAGCUUUUUGCCUGUCCAGUCAGUACUGUAAUUUUUAAGGAAUCCUAUGAACCUGAAUUAAAUGAAUAUAAAGAAAAAAAUCUUGCCAUUUCUCUUUC